UGCAUUUAUACAGGCUAUACGUACCGAUAGGCUGUAUUAACCUUGCCAUAUUGACAAGGCCGGACAGCCUAUCUAUCCUUUAGGUUUUUAGUUAACGUGCUGCUGGGUGUGUUGGUUGGUCAGUCAGUCAGCCAGCGCGACGUCAGACCACGACGGCAACGACAUGUGUGACGUCACAUGAUCAGGCAAUUGCCUAAUCAUUGCGCGUAAUGCAAUGGCAAGACAACAGGACAGUACAACGCUAGCAACAGAGUAAUCGACAACGACAUAUCACAUGUGUGCUUUGAGUACAUAUCACUGGCUGGUUAGAGCUAACGAGAUCUCGAUCAACUGCGCAUCUCCAGCUUCGACGCGAUAUCUUCUCAAGACACAAGCCGCUAAUCGCCGAAUGUAUUUACUCGCUGUGCUGGUGUUGUUGAGUUGUUGUUAGAUGUAUAAUCUUAGCCAGUCAUCGGUAUUGUUUGAAAUCUUGUGCUAGCACCACGAUCAAGAACGUCAAGAACUUGGCCCAACCAAUCGGACAACAAACCCAUCUUUUAAAUAAGACAAAUCGGCCCUUUGUACAUCUUAUUAGUGCAACAGGAUCUAACCAUUACUACGCGCAUAUUGUGGGCACGGGCGAAUAAGGAAAGUAGACUCGCUAUCUCUUCCACCAAGCUUCACUCAAAGCCAUCAUGAUGAUGAUGAGACGCAAUCAAGGCAGCGGCGGAGGUGCCAUGUACCAGGCUGGUGGAUAUUCGGUUGAAGCCCACCUGGUAGCACAUCCACCUGAAUUGGAUCCUCUGUCUCCGGGGGGUCCAUCCGAAAAGCCCCUCGCAGGCUGCCUGGCGGGCGAGCGGCGCACUGGAAUCAUCAUCGCCAUGGGUGUAGUCGCCACCGCCCUAUUUUGCUGCUGUGUUGCGGGAGCCAUCCUCUACGUAUACUAUGGCCCCUAUAGCACUACGCCGGCAGCUAGAAUCAAGCCUUGCGAGAAGAUAUACUGCCGCUUUGGUGCGGAGUGUCACGUGAGCGAUGACAAGGCGUACUGUCGCUGCCGGAGGACAUGUUCGGAUACGUUUGCGCCCGUCUGUGGCUCUGAUGGGGUCACAUACUCCUCAGAGUGCAAGCUCAAAAUGGCAUCCUGCAUCAACCAGAAACGCAUAUAUGUCGAUACUACUGGGGCCUGCGAUACUGCCGAUCCGUGUGCUGAAAAGGAAUGCCAAUUUGGGGCCGAGUGCAAGGUACGAUUGGAUGGCAAGUCAGCUGAAUGCGUGUGUCCGGAACGAUGCACGUCGUAUGGUGACUCUAAAGGAUCGCGACCUGUAUGUGGCUCGGACGGCAAAGAUUAUCCAUCCGUGUGCGAGCUUCGUCGGACUGCCUGCAAAGAAAUGCGGGAGAUCUCAGUCAAGUACCAAGGCUCCUGUGAUCCGUGCCAGUCGGUGAAGUGUCCUGAGCACCAGGUGUGCCAAUUAGAUCAACAGCGGAACGCCGUUUGCCAAUGCAAUUCGCAGUGUCCACGGGAAGUACGGCCUGUUUGCGGAUCCAAUGGAAAAACAUAUUCGAACGAGUGCGCGUUAAGAGUCGAGGGGUGCACAACACGAAGGGCCAUACGAGUGCUGUACCAAAAGGAGUGUGACUCAGUACUAAAUCCAUGUCGUGCCGUGAAUUGCGGCCCAGCCCAAGAAUGUGAGAUUGACAGACAAGGAACCGCAAUCUGCAGUUGUCCGCCUCCAUGUGAACAGGUGGUUCGUCCUGUAUGCGGAACAGAUGGUACAACAUACGAUUCAAUGUGUGAACUACACAGGACAGCAUGUUUGCAGAACAGCGACGUUCAAGUCUCCUACAGCGGCACGUGUGAUGAAAAUGGAGCUUGUCAUCAGUAUCCAUGUCAACUUGGAGCAUCCUGCGUUGUACGCUCAAAUGGUUACCCAGCUUGCGAAUGUCCCAGUUGUUCUGAAGAAUUUGAACCAGUCUGCGGCUCAGACGGGAUUUCCUAUACAAACGAAUGCAAACUGCGAAAGGAGGCCUGUGAACAUAAAAAGGACAUAUAUGUCGAUUACAAAGGAUUAUGUGCUGAUUCGUGCGCCAACAAGAAAUGUGACCAUUAUGCAAUCUGCAAGACAAACCACGGCAACGCCAUCUGCGAAUGUCCAUCACAUUGUAAGCCUGUGAAAUUCCCUGUUUGCGGGAGUAAUGGAAAGACAUACGAAAAUGAAUGCGAGUUGCAGGUAGACGCGUGCAACUCAAAGACUGAUAUAGCCGUCUCAUCCACGGGACCGUGCGACAUGUGCUCGAAUGUGAUGUGCCAUUUUGGGGCACGAUGUGAGAAUGGAGAGUGUGUGUGCCCCACAGACUGCCCUGAAGGCUCAUACCAGCCUGUCUGCGGAAAUGACGGGGUCACGUACCAUACGGAGUGUGAAUUACGCCAGGCCUCAUGUCGAAAGGGCCGCCAGCUUCAGGUUCUGCACUUUAAAGAGUGCGACGAUGAAGUCGUGGCUUCAGCAGAGGGGUCGGGAACCAAAUGCGAGGAGUCAUGUCGUUUCGGCGGUACUUGCCGGCCGCGGUUCCCUGGUGAUCCAAUGGAGUGUCGUUGCGAAUUUGACUGCCCCGACGUUCGAGUCGAUGACGCGAACUUCGCCUGCGGGUCGGACGGCAAAAAGUAUGCGUCUGCGUGUCAUGUUCAAAUGGAGGCCUGCAGGAAGCAGAAACACCUAAAGUCCGUUCCGCGCGACCGUUGUUUGUCACGCGAUAACAAUCCUCAUAAUAAAAUGAUGGUGCCUGAUGGCAAAAGUUCGUUGCCGUGUGAAGGCGGCCUUCCUCUCAAAGACCCAGCAACUGGCAACGAGUAUUACUGUGGCGAAGGAGGCAAAAUCUGUCCUGGCGGAUCAUAUUGCCAUAAGGGCAUUGGUUUCGCCACUUGCUGCGAAAAAAGAGCGAAAACAACGAAAUGCAUGUUUAGCAAACAUGGCUGCUGUCCUGACAACGUCGCAGCUGCCCUAGGUCCUGGCUAUCUGGGCUGCCCGGGCACCUGUGGGUGUAACAAGCUUGGUUCCAUCGGCACAAUGUGCGACUCCGUCUCCAAGCAAUGUCAGUGCAAGCCUGGCGUCGGAGGACUUCGGUGCGAAAGGUGUGAGCCGGGCUACUGGGGUCUUCACCGUAUCGGCGAAGCAGGAGGUCAGGCCGGUUGCUCUCUAUGCGAAUGUCAUCCCCUAGGGUCUGUGCGAGAUGAUUGCGAGCAGAUGACGGGACGCUGCGUAUGCAAGCACGGUGUGCAAGGCAUGAAGUGCGACUCAUGCCCCAAGGGAGAAGUGCUCAGUGCAGACGGAUGCACCGAUGCAUCGCUGGUGCGCCCGACAAGCGGCACAUGCGCAACGCUGGUGUGUCGUCAUGGGGCGGUGUGCCAACAACGGAGUCCAGGGGAAGCUCUUUGUGCAUGCGAGAUUCGGUGCUCGGCUGAAGAAGAUCAGGGAGGCUCCGUUUGCGGUUCAGAUGGGAUGACAUACGGCAGUGCUUGUCAACUGCGAGAGUUCAGUUGUCGCACACAGAAACAUAUAUCCAUCGUUCAUCUUGGCCACUGUCAUGCUGACGAGAUAGCCCCAACGGUUGGGCCCCAGCGGCGUUCCACAAUUGACCGCGAUCACGAAGACCGGGAUAAUGACCAUAAGUCUACACGCGAUCUGCAAAGUCUGUCCAGUUCCCCCGAUGACUAUUUUCGACCGACGGAGGCCUCAAACGGGCUUUUUGCUUUUACGAACGACGAUUCCAUUCAGGUACCACACUUUAAUGGGAAGGCGUAUUUAGAGCUGCGCCGUCUUCAAGCUUACCAGGGUCUCUCACUUGAGAUCGAGUUCAAGGCGUACUCUAGCGACGGACUCUUGCUCUACAAUGGACAGACUAUGACCGGCGCUGGAGACUUUAUGUCAUUGGCCCUCAGAGAAGGACAUGUCGAGUUCAGAUAUAACCUAGGAUCUGGAACAGUAACUCUGAAGUCACACGAACGAAUUACGCCCGGAGAGUACCACCAUGUAAUGAUUCGUCGUUACCACCAGGACGGCGUUCUGAAGGUGGAUAGCGGCGCUGAGGUGACGGGUCGAUCCGAGGGAGUGCUCAAAUCACUCGAUCUCGCUGAAAAUCUUUACGUUGGGUCUGUGCCCAAAAGGAUCGAGGGAAUAUUUCAAAAUGUAGGUGUUUCCACUGGUUUCCAAGGUUGCAUCAGCCUUAUUCGGGUAGGGAAGAAACACCUCAACCUGAAAUAUCCUCAGUCCAAGGAUAUUCUUAGCGCUUAUAAUAUACGUGAAUGUACGGAAACUGCGUGCUCAGCAGCGCCGUGCCAGAAUGGGGGGUUGUGCGAACCCGUGGGAACCUCCUACCGCUGCGAAUGUCGGCCAGGUUUCGGCGGACGCGACUGUGAGCGAGCCACUCAUCGUUGCUCAGCUCAGCCUUGCGCCCACGGUGCCACUUGUGUACCUGCUGACGGAGACGCCUUCUUCUGCAAAUGUCCACCAGGCAAAUCGGGACAGUUCUGCGAUACCAGCAUCAAGGCAGCGGGACCAAACUCAGUGGUGUCCUUCUCGGGCCACAGCUUCUUGGUGCUCCCAACGCUCGCUGGGGUUUCGCAGCUGUUCACGCUCGAUAUUUGGUUCUUACCUCGAGCUUCUACUGGUCUGAUUCUAUACAAUGGACAGGGACGCGCUGGUAAAGGCGACUACCUCGCCAUCUCACUCGUAUCGCAGCACGUCGAAUACCGAUACAACCUCGGCGGGGCCGGGCCAAAUGUGUCAUCCACAGUUGUGAUUACGGCCCCGAAUAUGAUCAGUCUUAACGAGUGGCAUUCUAUACGUGUGACCCGAAAUCGCAAAGAAGGUAGUCUGCAAGUUGAUCGCGGGCCCGUCGUGCAAGCUGUUUCGAUGGGAUCCCUGGACGAACUAAAUCUGGAUCAGCCCCUGUUUAUCGGGGGAGUGUCGGGGGACACUGCGCUUCCUCGAGAUCUUGGUCCUUCGGCCGGACUCGAUGGCGCCAUCCAGCGUCUAGUCGUCAAUGGGGCUGUGUGGGACAAUCUUCUAGCUCGUGCGAGAUCCUCGCACCUCGUUAGCCAAUACCAUGGCCCGCCCUGUGGGGCUCGUCCGUGUCGCAACGGAGGCGUGUGUACACCACUUCUUGGCCAGUAUGCGUGCUCUUGCGCACCCAACUUCGGUGGAAAACACUGCGAAAAGCCGCUCACUCAAAUUGAGGAACAAAUGGGACAACCCGUUCUUUUUGAUGGCCACACUUACGUUCACAUUCCGCAUAAGUUCGUCUCAAAGGCGGAGAAUAACGAGGACGAUACAUUCGAAGUUAGAUUCCGGUCAAAGCAGACUUCAGGUCUGCUAGCUUGGUUAGCUGAGGGCAGUGUGGGGGCCGGAGUCUCCCAAAACAGCGGUGCCUCUACGAGCGUCGCUGGGAGCUUCAUAGCGCUUGCCCUCGCUGACGGACACCUGGAGUUCAACUUGCAUCUCGCUGCCACAGUGCGGCGCCCUAUCGUGCUGCGGAGUCAAGCCAACGUCAAUGAUGGACGCUGGCAUCAUGCUAAGGUGACGCUGAACUCGCAGAUGGCAUCGUUGCAGAUUGACAGUUCCUUGACAACGACGGUAGCCGUCGAUCAUCCGCUCGAGGAACUAUCCAUCUAUGGCAAUAGCGCCGUCAUAUGGGUGGGCGGAGCAUCUACCCUUCCAGCCCGUUUGCCGUCGGCUUUCUAUCACGGCUUUAACGGCUGCCUCGCCUAUCUGGCACUCAAUGGCGAGUCUUUACCCCUCGCACUACACAUCCGACCGGAUCAGCUACGGUCGUGCUCGGAUCGAGAUACUGGACGAGACUUGAAUCGGUUGUAGGCCUAUGUUGGCCCCUAUAUUCACAACGUAGCAGAUGUCGCAACAAUAUGAACUGAUAACAGAAUCAAUUGACGCUGUCAUCAACUAUACAAGUAGAUCUGCUUGGUUGUUGUGGCCAUCUCAUACGUCUCUAUGGUGUUUCUAAUCCAGCAUUAACGCCAACAACAGAUAUCGCCUAGCUAGUAGAUAUUUCGAAGGUGUCGUGCUGCGUCGUACUGACUGAUAUAAUUGGCAAUGCCUAAGAUAAAGUGCAAGCAAUUGCCAUGACGAACCUUUUAAAGGGACUGUGAUCCCAUCUGGUUUGCGUUCCUGUGCGUAAUCCGACGAACACCAACAUCAACAAUAGCAAAAAGGAACAUCGAAUCAUAUGACGUCUCAAGUAAUAGUAAGCUAAAUAUGAUAAUUGCUGGUCAACGACAUCAAACAACGAUAACAAAAACCGCUUUCGAAUGGUUUGACAAAUGUGUUGGCUGGAUGUGCAAGUGAACUGUAUUAUAGUGAACAAAUAUAAGGAAAAAAAAAGAACUUUUAUUAUAGAUCAUUUGUUCAUUGUCCAAUUAACGCAAAGAAAAUAACGACGAGUUAAUAAUACUAACGAUGCAAUUGAGGACGACGACCACGAUGCUUAUAAUGAAUAGCCAUAAAGGAAAGAUGAUGUUAAAGAUGAAAUAACAUGGUGCCUUGCGCUGGGGCUCAAGCGACCACUUAAACAGGGGAUACAGCGCUGCCGACAGUAAUCAGAAAAAUUUCGCCAGCUAAAGCGAAAGAUCGCGACAACGACAGGAUGGUCGAACAAAUUGUGCUUUUUUUCCUGCUAAUCCAUCUAAUGGGUGGUGCAUCGAAACUCCAACAAAAGGCUCUUUUUAAAAAGUGUUUUUUUAGGUGAUCAAAAAGAAAGGGAGAAAAGGAUGGAAAGAUAGCUACGGCAUGAUUGACUGCUAUCUACCUAAAAAUGGUGUCAUUAUGUGUUACAGAAGGAAAUACUUGUAAUAGUCCUUCAAGUGACACGCAACAACCCAAUAUUAAUCAAAACAAGGGUGAAAAUCAGUCACAACAAUGGAUUGUAGGUUGUAUAACUAAUAUAUAACUAUCCGCCUAUUGGAUAUCCAUUCUUUGGAUAUAACAAAUUUUAAAGAAAGCGGAGAGCAAUUUCACAUCAGCGAACGCAAAGAUAUAAAAAGGGAGCAUAAGUAAAGCAGUGGCGCUCAAAAAUGAACCUAGGACUUAACCCCACUGAACGCAAGAGAAACAUACAAAAAAGGACAAAAAUAGUAAAAGGAGUAGGGGCAGGAGUACACCAGAUCCAAUGUCUUCCGGUCUCGUUGAGACCCUUGCUGAAACUGAGUACAGAAGCAGCAGUAGACACACACAACAACAAGUAUGACUCAAUUAAGCAAAGAUUUUGAAGAAUUACAGCAAAUGGGACGCCUCAAAAUGGCCAUUGCUGGCAAACAAAAGAAUUAGUUAUAUUUCAAAGGGGUAAGGUUUGGUGGAUAACUUUACAAAUUGGUCUGUAGAUACACGCGCCUAUUAUCGAUGGUGAAACAGCAAUAUCCAAUCAAUGUUUGUAUAUUUUCUGUUCUCAAGAUUUAAUGAAAUACUUACAUUUUGCUAAAAUCAACCGACUAUUUCAAACUGGCAUUAUGAUGCAGUAGCGUCCGCUCUAAGUGCGGUGUCGAAUACAAGUUACAAAUAGGGUAAGAGUCCGUGGGAACGAAGAAAAACUGACAAGUGAAUUCAUACCCUAAUGUUACUGUCUAGCAAUAUGACUUAGGGGAUCAUCAAGCGCCUAAGUCAUAUCUUGCGUACUAUGUUGCAUAGCGGACUCUGCCUUGUAUCAUAAUUGUACUAUACAGAUAUAACGAUUGCUUUAAAUGGCUUGAGGAGAACGUAUGGAAGAGGAAAAUGCAGGUAUAAAAAGUGUCUAAUUUAGUUGCGGUAGCUAUAUAGGGCAGGUUAUAAAUAUGUUUUUAACACGGAAAGAUGGGUAUAACUAAAUACACAAUAGUGAUGCGACAAAAGGUUUGCCAGCCCCUUAACACUGAGAGAGAGACUGAAUGUGUGACAUGCACUCGUGUGCCCAACAAUAUAUGAUGUAAUUCGGGCGUGCAUGUGUACAAAGAGCUGGUACUUUAAAAACACUCAGACACAAUCGUUAAGGCGCACUGACAGUUACGAGAAUUACGCGGUUGGGGAAGGUCAAAGUUUUGUUGUAACUGCUAUUGACGAUAGUAGAUAUUGCCGUGUAGACAGAUUAUGAUGAACGAUAAGGAAACGCUAGUGCACGCAAAUUUGACAAGUAACAUUUUUCAGUUAGAGUGAUACAAAAGCUAAGGGAACGAAAUAAAUUUGCGCACGGGCGAAGACGGCCAAAAUGGUAGCAAUGAUGCGUUCUCAUGUGUCCUCCGUUAAAAGAGGAUGAAGGAAAGACUAAAGGACAAACAUUGAGACUCAACAGCAACCAACUAACCAACCCAUAUCCACAUAGAACAAUAAAUAUAAUAAUUAAUGUUAAUUGCACAUAAUAUCAAUGGAGAAUAAA